AUGAAACAGGAAGAUCAAAAACGAGAGAAAUGGGAUAAUAAAGUCCAAGCUUUCUUGUCAUUAAUUGGUUUUGCUGUUGGUGUUGCUAAUUUCUGGCGAUUUCCUUAUAUGUGUCAAAAAAAUGGCGGAGGAACUUUCUUAAUUCCUUAUGCUGUCAUGACACUUAUCAUCGGCUUUCCUCUAACUUAUAUUGAAUUAUUGGUUGGCCAAAAAUUUCAAAAGGGCCCAUUAUUAGCUUGGGGGGCCAUUUCUCCUUAUGCUCGUGGUAUCGGAAUCGCUUCAUGUAUUUGUUGUUGCAUUGGAGCUUCUUACUAUGCUGCUGUCUUGGGCUAUAGUAUAUUUUACUUUUCCAAUUCCUUCCGAUCUCCAUUGCCUUGGAGCCAAUGUCCAAUUAUUCGUAAUGAAUCCAAUUUUACUCAUGCUAAGGUUGAUCCUGAAUGCAGUAUAGCUCAACCAGCGGUGUAUUAUUUUUAUAAGGAAACGCUCGAUGCAACCCAUUCUAUCAAUGAUGGCGGCGGUAUUUACUGGAAAGCCAUAAUUUGUUUAGCUGCGGGAUGGAUAAUCCUUUAUUUCUGUUUGAUGCAAGGGAUCAAAUCAAGUGGCAAGGUAGUGUAUGUUACUGCAACACUUCCGUAUGUCUUUUUAAUUGCUUUCUUGGUCCGUGGUAUGACGUUGCCUGGCCAUGAGAAUGGCUUAGCAGAACUUAUUAGGCCUAAUAUAACUGCUCUCCGUAAUCCUUACGUUUGGAAAGACGCAGCGGCGCAAAUUUUCUACUCACUAGGGGGCGGUUUCGGUGCUUAUAUCGCCUUAGGCAGUUAUAACCCGCCGCAAAUGAAAACUGCUAGAUAUGCAGUUAGUGUGGUCCUUAUUAAUGCUCUAACAUCUCUACUAGCCGCUACAGUAGUCUUUAGUAUUCUCGGGUCUUCGGCAACCCAGAUCUUUAAUCAGUGUUUGAAAACGGCUUCGGUCAAUCCUGCAACGUUUAACGGCACAGAAUAUGGAUCUUGUAGCAUGAGAAAAAUCCUACUUAGCGUAAGUGAAAAUAAAAUACCUGCAACCCCCAAGAUACUGCCAUUUGGACAAGGUCCUGGCUUAGCCUUUAUUGCAUUUUCAACAGUUUUACAACAAUUCCAUGGUGCCCAAGUUUGGUCUGCUCUCUUCUUCUUCAUGUUGUUUACGAUGGGGAUCGAUAGUUUAUUUGGAAUUAUAGAAGUGGUCUCCACGUCUAUUCGCGAUACUCGCUUCUUUAGUAGGUGGCCGAGACAAAUUGUGCUAGCUUUACUUUGUAGCUUAUUCUUUGCAAUUGGCUUAAUCGUUGUCCAAAGAUCUGGUGGAUAUUAUUUAGAAAUUGCAGAUAAUCAUUUUAUAGCUUUGGCAUUGCUGGUGAUUGCAAUGAGCGAAUGUAUCGUUGUUGCCUUCCACGAUUCGUAUCACAGGUUAGCAUAA